CACCUAUUGAUAUGGCCAUAUUAUUGUGUGCAUGUGGCGCGUCCGUUUGCUGGGAGAGAAAAGUGAACAAAAAUCUUGACGGACAGGCAAACUUACCCACAGUAAACUGUUUUGGUCAUCAACAAUGAGUGGAGGUGUCUAUGGAGGAGAUGAAGUUGGUGCUUUGGUAUUCGAUGCUGGUUCCUUUUCUACCAGAGCUGGGUAUGCAGGGGAAGACUCGCCAAAGGCUGAGAUUCCAACGGGGGUAGGCGUCCUAGAAAACAAGGAGCUGGAAUCGUUAGACAUCGACGGGUUGGGCGCGCCGUCGUCCAUCCGCGACGGAAACAAGAAGAAAUACAUCAUUGAUGUCAACUCCCUGAGUGUGCCGCGAGCGGGGAUGGAGAUGGGGAACCCACUUAAGGAUGGCAUGGUGGAUGACUGGGAAAUGUUUGGUGCCUUGUUGGAUCACAUUUACAAACGUUACAUCCAGUCGGACUCAGCUGAGCACCCAGUGCUGAUGGCAGAACCGCCGUGGAACACAAGACACAAGAGAGAGAAGUUGACAGAGGUGAUGUUUGAGAAGUACAGCAUACCAGCCUUCUUCCUGUGCAAGAACGCAGUAUUGACAGCAUUUGCAAAUAUCCGCUCUACUGGGCUGGUUAUAGACAGUGGGGCAACACACACAACAGCGACCCCGGUACACGAAGGCUAUGUCUUACAACAGGGCAUUGUCAAGAGUCCCUUAGCGGGAGAUUUUGUCACCAUGCAGUGCAAAGAACUCUUUGACGAGUUGAAAAUAGAAGUGGUACCUCCGUACCUCAUAGCCUCCAAGGAAUCAGUCAAAGAGGGUGCACCUGCAAACUUCAAGCGGAAGGAGGUGCCACAGGUGACCAAGUCCUGGCACAGCUACCGAGUCAAACAGGUACUACAAGACUUCCAGAUCACAGCGCUGCAGGUGGCAGACACGCCUUAUGAACCGGAGGCCGCUGAUCAGUUGCCGUCAGUCCUGUACGAUUUCCCCAACGGCUACCAUCAGGAGUUUGCCGAGGAACGAGUCCGCAUCCCAGAGGGCCUGUUUGAUAUCUCACACGUCAAGGGAUUUGAAGGGAACACCAUGUUAGGUGUCGGUCAUGUAGCCAGCACGAGCAUUGGACUUCUAGAUGCUGACAUCAGAGCGGCUAUGUACAGUAAUGUCAUAGUGACCGGAGGCAACACCCUGCUGUCUGGAUUCAUAGAACGCUUGCAGAGAGAGCUACAGAACAAGGCACCACAGAACAUGCGCCUGAAGAUCAUUGCUCCUUCGGGUACCACAGAGAGACGGUUUAGUGCAUGGAUUGGUGGUUCCAUCCUUGCCUCCUUGGGCACCUUCCAACAGAUGUGGAUAUCCCGACAAGAGUACGAAGAAGCUGGUAAAAGCUGCGUGGAAAGGAAAUGCCCAUGAACUGUUAGUUUUCACAGUGUUCCUCACCAGGUCUGCCACCCCCAACGUCCCCUACACACCAGGCAGUAUUUUGGCACAGGAAGCGUGUCAAGACUCGGGAUGUUGGUAUUCCGUUCAGAACCUGCAAGAGCCUUCAUGCUGUGUUCGUUAUCGUGCAUUAAGCAAGCCAGAGUGGCCUU